GAAGGACUCCAGCCUAUCGUCUGUAAGCAGUGAAGGCAAUGGUCCUGGCGGACAGUCCUGCGCUGAGAGGGACACUUCUACACUGCAAUAAAGCAAAGGCAAACACUCGUAGCUGAAAUGAAACAGACACGUCAGGCGCUCGCCGUGGAUUAAACCUGAAACUCCAACGAUGGCCCUUAAGGCGAUAAAGUAACAAGAGAAGCGCGUUCACUACCAACACCGCCGCCAACGGAUCUUCUACUGCAGAGCAACUCCUGGUAGAUGCACGGCCACAGCUGAGGAAGAAAAAUAUGCUUCAGCCGAGCCGCCUCAACCCCGGCUUUAGUCGCACAUCCACAGCCUUCUAACCAGUUUCGCGAGACGUUCGCCGGCUUCUGCUUUAAUUCUACGUUUCUGUCACUGCCUCUCACCAACAAAGUCCGCCUAACCAGUCCCCGACCCACCUGCGAGAGAGACACGGAGCAUUAUGGCAGGGAAGCUGACAGCAGCGCACAGCACUGGAAUACUGCUAGUGACAGCCAACGUUGGAUCUCUGUUCGAGGAUCCUGAACAUCUACAAAAAACAUGGCUGAGAGAGUUUUACCAGACAGUUCAAUCACAUAAACCUCACUUCCUGGCCGUGCACUGCCAAGAGGUCGGUGGGAAGAAUUAUGAGGAGUCCAUGUCACACGUGGAUAGUUUUGUAAAGGAGCUUUUGUCUAGUGAUGUCAUGAGAGAGUACAACAGAGCUCGCAUCUACCUCGAUGAAAACUACAAAUCCCAGGAGCAUUUUACAGCUCUUGGAAGUUUCUACUUUAUCCACGAGUCUUUGAAAAACAUCCAGCAGUUUGAUUUCAAAGCCAAGAAAUUCAAAAAGGUGUUGGGAAAAGAAACCUGUUCAGAGACACUAGAGAGCACGUCUACGCUGGAGAAAGAGAAGUUUCCACAGGACUACUUUCCUGAGUGUAAGUGGUCCAGAAAGGGAUUCAUCAGAACUCGAUGGGCCAUAGCUGACUGUGUAUUCGAUCUGGUCAACAUUCACCUUUUCCACGAUGCUUCCAACCUGGUGGCCUGGGAGAAAAGUCCGUCAGUCUACUCUGGAACCAGGCAGAAGGCUUUGGGCUACGUUUUAGACAGGAUCACAGACCAGCGCUAUGAAAAGGUGCCGUCUUUUGUCUUCGGGGACUUUAACUUCAGGUUGGACUCUAAGCAGGUUAUUGAGAGUCUGUGCUCCACUGCCACCAUGCAGACAGUCAGAGCUGCUGACACUAAUGAAGUUGACAAACUAAUAUUUCGAGAAAGCGAUAAUGAUAGAAAGGUUGUUCUUCAGCUUGAGAAGAAGCUUUUUAAUUAUGUCAACCAGGAUGUUUUCCGGGAAAACAAUGGGACCUCACUUUUAGAGUUUGACAAGGAGCUGUCGGUGUUCAAGGAUCGACUGCAUGAGUUGGAGAUUUCGUUCCCACCCAGUUAUCCAUACAGUGAAGACAGCAGUCAGGGGAAGCAGUACAUGAAUACCAGAUGCCCUGCCUGGUGUGAUCGAAUCCUCAUGUCUCCGUCUGCCAGAGACCUGGUCCUGAAGCCUGAAAAUGAAGAGAAGUCCAUAGUCUACGAUAACAUUGGGCCUAAUGUCUGCAUGGGGGACCACAAGCCUGUCUUCCUGUCCUUCCGAAUAACAGCGGGGGCAGGUAAACCUAAUGCAAAUAAGCACGAGUGUUGUGUGGUGCAAUGAUGUCGUGGGAAGUGUUGCCAAAGGGGAGAGGACAUAUUUUGUGAAGCGCCUCUGUGAGAACACAGAAGAAAAACGACCCACACACUCUCACACACAACCAGAAACACACACUUUGCACAAGCCUACACUGAAGAACGUAGACAAACUUUUUUUUUUUCAGAAGUGCUGACCAGUUGCAGUUGUCCUGACACCUCAUUCUUACCAAACCGGAGCCUAUAGUUCUCUCCAUAAAACACUCACCAAGAUAUGGACGAGCACCUGAGGGCCCCGGGCCCCGGGCUCCACACAGACAAGACACACAUCGCUGACCUCACCGUUGCCAUGCAACCCCCAUUCCACGGAGAAUAAAAAUCGCAGGACAGACGACUUUUUUUUUUUGUUUCCACUCCACACAGACUGGUUGCCAAAACUCUAAGUUGAACCACGGUCUACAGUCGACUACAUUCUUUCAGACGCCGCAUAUUUGCCAUUUUAAAGGUUUGCCUAUAUGUAUAGAAGCUACUUUCCACACAGUAUGUUAAGAUGUUUAAAAAAAAAUAAGAAAAGUGCAAUGCAAAAAAGUUGUAUAUCUAUAUUGUUAGGUUUAUUUGUACAUUUGACAGUAUAACAUAAGAGUUGUUGAUGGUUUUAGUGCCGUUUUUGUUUUGUUUUCGGACCAAACUUCCUGGUCCUUUUGUUGGAAAACUUUCAUUUUAUUUCAGUAAUUUCUAUAACAUAUAUACUGUAUUUUUUUUUUUUUUUGAGUUGUUCUUGUUGUGUGCACAACACACUGCCAUGCCUGACACACCCAUUGAGUCUCAUUUUAUAUACUGUAUGUUUUUAAAGGAGAUAAUUUAUAAUUCUUACCAAAAUGUUGACGUUGAAGUGCACGUGUGGUCGCAGCGGUGGCGUUGAACCGUCAGUCCAAGAGGAGAGGAGACAGGAAGAGAGGGAAAAACAUCUCUUCAGUGACCUGUUGCCUGUCUGACAAUGUUUUAAGCAGUGCCAUAGACCAUGCAAGUAUAUAUAAGGUAGUAUGUCAUACAGCACUCUCACCUUAUUAUUCUUACUCUAACUUAUUUCUAUAAUAUUAUGAUUCUGAAUGUGAUAUUUUAGAUAGGUUUGGGUAUCCUUAAAAUGUUUUGUCUAUUUUUGUUACUGCAUUUUGGUGCCAAGUAUUCUACACAGGAAUGAAGUGUGUCAGCUGUAAAGUCCUUCAGGUUGGAUGGUUAAGAUAUUGAUUGUAAAAUGACAAAAAAAAAAACACAAGAGAAACUCUAAAAUGUGGGAGAAGAGCAGCAGCUGCAGAUUUGUAUGUGUUUUUUCGAGGGUAGCCUUCAGCAGUCGCCACUGCAAAUACUUUGGAGCAUUAUAGACGGAGCACGGACGCCAGUGUUUCCUUUUAUUGAUUUCACUUACUACACUACAGAUACCCGACAGAGGGACGCUUUCACAUUCAUCCCCCCUGACUUUUUUAAAAAUCUAAAUCACUGCAAGUAUAAAUGAUUUUGUGCCUGCUGCAGAAUUUCUGUUGUCUUGUGCGAUUUUGUUCAUACAGUAGGUAAACGAAAAAAUGUUUGGAAAAAAGGCCCUGCUUGUUUUUGGUCAUUCUAAGUAUGCUGUAAGAGUUUAAGCUGCACUUUUUCUCUUCACUCCGAUUUAUGAAAAAGCAGAUAGAGAUUUUAUUUUAGCCCCUCCUGGACGGCCUGGCCUCUACUGUAGGUGAUGCAGUUCUAAAGCAAUAAAAACCAAUAGAGCUCAA